GCACUGCUAGCAGCUGCAUCCAUAGUGACCUAAGAGCCUGGGCUGUGCAGCUGCUGCUCCCCCAGCGGGUCUGUGUCAGGGAGAGACCUUCAGCAAAGCCCCUCUCUGCUCAGCCCAGGGGGAGCUUCCUGCAGGGGCUGGUUCCAGCCCCCCAGGGACAGGCCCGGGCUCUGCAGACACCAGCUCCAGAGCCGGAGACUCCAGUGGCAGGACAUUGACAGUACCCUUGUUCCCCUGCUUCAUCUAUGAGGCUGGCGGCUGCCGUGGAGGUGGCCAAAUCUAGCCAUGGAGCCAUAUGUAUUGCUGGACCCUCGGCAGCGGGCGCUGUACAGGGAUGUCAUGCAGGAGAGUUACGAGACCUUGAUGGCCCUGGAAUUUCCCAUUUCGAAGCCUGACCUGCUCUCCCGGCUGGACCAUGGGGAUGAGCCAACAGCUCUGGACCUCCACGUGCCUAAAGGUGCCCGUGCAGCAGAAGGGGCCACAAGCGAGAACGAGGAGGAGAACCCCGCGCGGGAAAGCCCUAAGGAGCCAGAGUCGGAGAGCCCUGAGAGUGGGAAAGCUCCUCUGAGCUCUCCUGAGGCAACAGGGAAGGCAGCAAAGAAUGAGGCGGGUGAGGCUGCGGCCCGCCCCAGUGAGAGCCCCAACACCUGCCAUGAGUGCGGGAAGACCUUCAGCCACAAGUCAGCCCUGGUGAAGCACCAGAAGAUCCACACAGGUGAGAGGCCCUAUGAAUGUGCCGACUGCGGGAAGAGCUUCAUCCAGCGCUCAGACCUGACCAUCCACCAGCGCGUGCACACUGGGGAGCGCCCCUACGCCUGCCCCGACUGCGGGCGCCGCUUCAGCGUCAGCUCUUCCCUGCUCACCCACCAGCGUACCCAUGCGCCGAGUGGGGAGAAGCCUAACCGCUGCCCGCAGUGUGGCCGCAGCUUCACGGACCCCAGUGCCCUGGCCCGGCACCAGAAGAGCCACUUGGGUGGGAAGCCCUAUGAGUGCGGGGUGUGUGGGAAGGCCUUCGCCUGGAGCUCCCACCUUGAGCGGCACCAGCGCAUUCAUACGGGUGAGAAGCCCUUUCAGUGCGGGGAGUGUGGUCGGGCCUUCGCCUGGAGCUCUCACCUGGACCGCCACAUGCGCACCCACGCGGCCGUCGUGGAGGCGGCGGAGGAGGAAGCGGAGGAGGAACCCCCGCCGCCCCCGCAGCGCUGCGCCGAUUGUGGCAAGCGCCUCAACCACCAGACGGACCCACAGCGCUUCAAGCACAAAGGCACACAGACCCAUGCUGAGGUGGAGGUGGAGGAAGGCAUCCCCGACCGACCCCACUGCUGCCCCCACUGCGACAAAUGCUUCAGCCAGAGCUCAAACCUGCUCAAGCACCAGCGGGUCCACACUGGGGAGAGGCCCUACCCCUGCCCCGACUGCGGCCGCCGCUUCCGCUGGGGCUCAGCUCUAGCCAAGCACCGCCGCACCCACAUCCGUGACCGCCCCUCUGAGGCCUCCUCCAGUCAGGGCUCCCCAGAGGAUGCUACAGAGGAGGCAGCACCAACACCACCCACUGCUGGCAGCAAGCCCUACCCAUGCGGUGCCUGUGGGAAGAGCUUUGGCUGGGUCUCGCACCUGGAGCGGCACCGGCGCAUCCACACAGGAGAGAAGCCGUUUCGGUGCGGGGAGUGUGGCCGGGCCUUCGCUGUUAGCUCCCACCUGGAGCGGCACCGGCGCAUUCACACUGGGGAGCGCCCAUAUCGCUGCGGCGAUUGCGGGAAGAGCUUUGCCGUCAGCUCCACCCUCCUGGCGCACCGGCGCACCCAUGCUGCCCAGGAGGGGAGACCUCACCAGUGCCCUGACUGUGGCAAAGGGUUUGGGGCUGCUGCCAGCCUAGAGCGGCACCGGCGCCUGCACCGGGGUGAGAAGCCCUACCAGUGCAACAUCUGCGGCAAGGGCUUUGCCUGGAGCUCCCACUAUGAUAGGCACCGGCUCACACACACAGGUGAGAAACCCUUUGCCUGUGCCCAGUGUGGCAAGCGCUUUGGCCGCAGCUCCCACCGCAACCGGCACCAGCGGGCCCACGCCCAGGGGGGCAACGGAAACAUCAGGGAGAAACGCCAUGUCUGCCCUGAAUGUGGUAAGGCCUUCAGCCUCAGCGCCGCCCUGGCAGCCCAUCAGAGACUCCACUUGACCAGUGCCGGCAGCAGCAGCCCGCUCUCCCUGCUGCCUCCUGCGUGGUGGGAGACCGAGAGAAGGACAGGGACGCCGCCACCUGAGGCCUGGGCUGAGGACCCCACUGCUCCAUUCCAGUGCUCCGACCCUUCCUCCUCCUCAUCCUCCUUGCCUGGGGCAUGGAUGGCCAAGUCCCUUGUGCCUCCUGCUGCAGCUGCUUGGAGACCUGGGGAAGUAGAGGGCAGCCAGGCCACCAACACCACAAGCCAACUAGAGAGCUGGGCCCAGCUGCCUCCCCCCAGCUCCUAACUCAGCUCCUGGCUAACUUGGGGGAAGGGGGAAUCUGUGUCACCAACAUUAAGCUCCCUAUUUUGGGGAGAACCAGAAACCUCCUGCACUCUGGUCUUCAUGACUAUGGGUGGGUGACUGACCUGCUUCCCUUCCCUUCCCCCAAGCCAGGUACCCCUCCAGGUGUGAUGGCACAGUGACUUUCAAAACACCGUCACUGGGAUCUGCCACUGAUGCGGAAGAUUGCCCUUUAAGCACUUGGUGUCUGAAGCACCCCAGAGUGCCACGAAAGGGGCAAGGGGGCUGGACGGGCAGGGAGUGAAGGGCUGACAUGGGGGUGAGUGCGUGCUGGGGGCAGGGAUGGAAACCAGAAUGGGGGUGAGGGCGAUGCUGAAGGGUUAGGGGAGGAAUGAGUGU